UGACAUCAUCUUAUUUCUUCUAGUCACAAAAGCUUUAAGCUUUCUCAAGCACAAUUAAAUAUUCCAGGUAACACACGAGAUUUUCUUGUCACAGUAUGUCAUCAUUUUCAAUUAUUCUCGUUAUGCUCGUACUGCUUGUUUGCGUCUCAGCAUCCUCAUAUGAUCCAAUGGACAAACGAGCCGAUGAAGUAGUUCCAGAAUUCCAAAACAGCCUUAUCAAACUUCUCGACAGACGGCCACCAGUUGUCUACAGCCGUGCCUCACGAAUCGACUGUAUGCUAGCACUCCGAAGCUUCGAACUUUGCCGCAACUUGCUUUAAAUCGUAUUUCAUAUUGCCGCAAAAAUCGAAUAAACUAAUUUAUUUGUCAGA